UCUCUCUCUCUCUCUCUCUCUCUCUCUCUCUCUCUCUCUCUCUCUCCAACAUAAGAAACAAUGGCAAAUGAGUUAAGAACUCCACUAACUCAAAGCAAAGGAUCCAGCUUCUUGAAAGCUUGCUUUAAUGGAACAAAUGCUUUCCUGGGUGCUGGUCUUGUAACACUUCCUUAUGCCCUCUCAAGGGCAGGGUGGCUAAGCUUGGUGCUCUUGUUUCUAAUUUCCAUUAUCACCUUCUACACAGCCAUCUUGCUAAAGAAAUGCAUGGAUUCUGAUCCAUCAAUUACAAGCUACCUUGACAUUGCUGAGCGUGCCUUUGGUAAAACAGCCAGAAUCAUAGUCUUAAUUAUUUUGAGCACAGAAUUGUACCUGGUUGCCGUAGGCCUCAUAAUAUUAGAAAGUGAUAGCUUGUAUAAGCUGUUUCCGAAAUUCAGGAUCAAGCUCGGGUCGUUGUUAAUCUGUGGUAGACAGUCAUUUGUGUUAGUUACAGCUUUGAUCAUCUUGCCCACAAUGCUGAUCACUGAGAUGAGCAUAUUGUCCUAUGUUUCGGCCACUGGAGUGUUCUGUUGCCUUAUCAUUGUUGGCUCCAUUGUGUGUGUUGGUGCAUUUGGAGGUGUUGGGUUUCAUGCCAGUGGAGACUUGUUAAAUGUGGGGGGCCUUCCUACCGCUGUGAGCUUGUAUAUUUUUUGCUUUGCAGGACAUGCAAUCACCCCUUCAAUAUACAUUUCUAUGCGAGAUAAAAAUCAGUUCAGCAAGGUUGUGUUCUUUAGCUUUCUACUCAUAACCAUCACUUGCAUGGUAACCGCAGUCACGGGCUAUCUUAUGUAUGGAGACGGUGUCGAAUCGCAGAUCACUUUGAAUCUACCAACAACAGAAGUGAGUGCAAGAGUUGCAAUAUACACCAUUCUACUUAUUCCAAUCGCAAGAUAUGCGUUGAUGGUAACCCCAGUAGCUAAUGCCAUUGAAGGUGGACUUCCAGAAGAUUACAAAAAUUGGAGAUCUGUUAAACUGCUUAUAAGGAUGGCAUUACUAGUCAGCUGCACAGUGGUAGCCUAUGUUUUCCCCUACUAUGAGACCCUCAUGGCGAUUGUCGGCUCGCUAUUUACUGUUUCAGUUUCCUUCAUUCUCCCCUGCAUGUGCUAUCUCAAGCUUUCUGCUUGCUAUAGGAGCGGGAACUACAAGCUAUUAGGCAGUGUAGGAAUAAUUGCAUUUGGAACUUUAGUAGGUGUCUUAGGGACUUACUCAUCGAUUGUAGAACUUGUUCAAGAGUAUUGAAUAAUUGUAUUGAACUUCAGUCUACCAAGAAAUUUCUUGUCUUAUGAGAAUAUACAAUUAGUUUCUCAUCAUCUCAAUUCAAAAGUACCUUUGAUUUCUGGUUUCUGAACCGCAUUGUUUAUGUACCUUAUUAUAAAUGUGGGUUUUUUUUUUUAUCACUAGUGUCCAAGAAUUUUUUCUAAAUUUUUAUUUUAGUUUUCAAAAUUCUCAAAUCAAUCAAUGUGGUCCUUCAUCCGAUUAAAUUUCAUCACGUGGCCAACUUUAAAGAUGUAUUUUCAUCAAAUAUCUCAUCCACUUAAAAUACCGCGUUAAAUGGGUAUUUCCAUCAAAAUCCUGUAAAU